UUUUGCCAAAAGAAUUGACGUGUUGUUUCGAGGUUGUUUCCAUUUUCAUUAUUCACGGUUUUCUAUUGCGGACAAAACGUUUUAAAUUGAAUUAAAUUACGUUAACUCAUUAAUUUGAUUGUAGGAUAUUUGUUUAAGUAUAAAAUGUUGUAUUCACAGUUAUUAGGUAUUAUUUUACUUGUGACGAGUUCGUAUGCCCUAUACGACUCAUCCUCGGACGUAGUUGAACUAACACCAAGUAAUUUCGAACGUCUGGUCACAAAAUCUAACGAGUUAUGGAUCGUAGAGUUCUUUGCGCCUUGGUGUGGGCACUGUAAAAACCUUGUCCCUGAGUACCAGAAGGCUGCCCGAGCUCUCAAGGGCAUAGUGAAAGUAGGAGCCGUAGAUGCUGAUCAAUACAAAGAGUUUGCUCAGAAAUAUGGCGUCACAGGCUUCCCUACCAUCAAAGUGUUUUCAGGAAGCAAACAUAACCCAUACCAGGGCCAAAGAACUGCAGAGGCAUUUGUGGACGCAGCCCUCAAGGCGGCCAAAGAGAAAGCAUAUGAAAACCUUGGAAAGAAAUCUGGUGGAUCUUCUUCUGAUAAGUCAGAUGUGGUGGAGCUGACGGAUAGCAACUUCAAAGAGUUGGUGUUGGACAGUGAUGACAUGUGGCUGGUGGAGUUCUUCGCGCCCUGGUGCGGACACUGCAAGAACCUCGAGCCGCACUGGGCCAAGGCUGCCACGGAACUCAAGGGCAAGGUGAAACUGGGAGCCGUCGACGCAACCGUCCACCAGGUGAUGGCGUCCCGCUACCAGGUGCAAGGGUACCCCACCAUCAAGUUCUUCCCGUCGGGCAAGAAGAGCAGCGACAGCGCGGAGGACUACAGCGGCGGGCGCACCUCCAGCGACAUCGUGGCCUGGGCCCUCGGCAAGUUCGCCGAAAACGUGCCCGCGCCAGAAAUUGUUCAGGUGGUGGACGCAGAGGCAUUGAAGGCGUGCAGUGAGAAGCCCCUGUGCGUGGUGUCUGUGUUGCCGCACAUCCUGGACUGCGACGCGGCGUGCCGCAACGACUACAUCUCCGUGCUGGCCAGGCUCGGCGACAAGUACAAGGCCAAGAUGUGGGGCUGGGUGUGGUCGGAGGCCGGGGCGCAGCCGGCGCUGGAGGAGGCGCUGGAGCUGGGCGGGUUCGGCUACCCCGCCAUGGCCGUGGUCAACGCCAAGAAGCUCAAGUUCUCCACGCUGCGGGGCUCCUUCUCCGAGAGCGGCAUCAAUGAGUUCCUCAGGGACCUAUCGUUUGGUCGUGGACAAACCGCUCCAGUCAAAGGUGCCGAGAUGCCGUCCAUCCAGACCACCGAACCCUGGGACGGUAAGGACGGUGAGCUGCCUCCGGAGGAGGACAUUGAUCUCUCUGAUGUGGACCUUGAGAAGGACGAGUUGUAAGUGCUUAAGUGAGUGUUUAGAGACAGUGUUUUUAAGUGUUUUUUGGUAAUUUCAUGUCAAAAGUCAAUAAUAUCACAAUUAUUCUUUAAUCGAAAUAUGUGAUAAGAUAGAAUACAAAUUCGCGUUCAAAAUUGAUAGAACUUCAUUCUAAUAUCAAUAUAAUUUUAGGAAUGUGUGUAUUUUAUAAUUAACUGAAACAAUAAUAGCAGCUUAACAACAAAACUGCCAUUUAUUUUUUUCUAAAUUCUAAUUGUUCAAUUUUGAAUUUAAAUGAAAAAAUCUCAGCAAAUAAUGAGAUUAAUUGUAUUGGAAUUUUGUCUAAAUUAAACUAGAACUAGAAAUAAUAGAGUAAUUUUGGAUUUAAUUUCUGUAUCCCCUAAUGGGGCUUUUAAAUAUAAAGCUUAUUUAUUAUAACAAUUUUAUAGAUAUAUUGGUAUCAAAAUGUUAACGCCAUAAAUCCUAUUUGAAUUAGCAAGUAUACAUGUAAUAUUUUUAAUAAAUAUUAUUAACUGUGAAUGUAAAAAGAAAAGAAUGUUUUUGAUAAUCUAUAUAGAAAUAGAAAUUGAAUUUCUUGUUUUUUUAAUGUCACUUACUUGAGUUUUUUUUUUUGCUCAUUUAAAAUCUCUAUAACUAAGGGCGAAAUUCUUGCCCUUGUAUGAGUAUUUAUAUAUAGUCUUGUGGGUAGAUUGUUAAAACAUUGUUAAUAAAAUAUUUUCUAUUAUAAGUAAUAAUCCAGUGAUUUUAAUAUUCCAUGAUUAGUUUACUGUUUUUUUAAUAUUCUAUAUGAUAAAUAAAUAUUGUAAUAGUUGUACUGAAAUAACAUAUCCCUAAUUUAUAAUAUUUUUAGUAAUAGUUUAUUUUUGUUAUGCUCAUAUAUAAAACCGUAAACCCACACAUUAAUAAGUUACUAAUUUGAAGUUUAAUUAUUAAAUAUGUAAGACUGGUUUCAAAAUGCUUUGAAAAUGAUUAGUUUUUAAUUUUUUUAUUUGAUGUGAUUUUGUUUUAUUCAUAUGAAAUUAUGUGUAACUAAUAUACCUUGGCUGCAUAUCUUCCAUAUUAUAUUUAAUUAAAGUUUUGAAGCAUUUACUGCGGCCAAUUGAUGUCAUUUUAAUAAAUAAAUAUCUACUUAAUUAUAUAAAA